AUGUCUGCCCCGUUUUCAAAUACGCGUUUGCGUGUGCCACCUGGAUUUGCAAAUAUCCUGUGGUGUUUCUCUCGAGAAGUUUUACGACUUCAGCCUACCGACAUUCUUAAAUUUGGCAUGGAAUACUUCGACUACUUGCUCCGCCUGCGGUUGGAAACUGGUGAAGAAGAUGUUGCGAAACUCGGAGUUAUGCUUGAUGACAGAUACUACAACAACCGUUCGUAUAUGGUAGGUUUGUCCCCAUAG